AAAAGAAAAGAAGACUGAACAACAGUCAACGAGUUCUUGUUAUGAGGCCGCCUUGAACCCUUUUGCAUCCAUCAUGAGCCUCUUUGAUCCGUGACUUUCUGAACUCUAUACUCCAAACACUUUCCCACCCCAAAACAAUGUCCAGUCCAGCCAAGAAACGCAAACUCAACUCGGGCACAAAACAAUCUUUUUCUGUUCCCAGCAGAGGCCUUGAGUACUUUUUCGCUAAACAAAAGCAGAAUGGUGCUUCUAAGGAACCAUCUCCUUUGCCCAAGGAAUCCGACUCCCAGCCUGCUCAGCAAGGGUCGUCAGAAGAGCAUUUGAAUGAUGAGGAGCUUGCGCGAAAGCUGCAGGCCGAAUGGGAUGCUGAAGCAAGGGCCUCAUCAACACCGAGGGAAAAUGAUGUUCGCUCGCAGGAUGUCGCAGUGUCGACAACAGAGCCCGUGGACACAGAUGGCGUUGAACCAACCAAUGAGUCAAAUCCACAGACAGUAACCGCACCACCCAAGGCUGACCGGCCCAAAGGGAAGAAUACAUUGUCACUCUCUUCCGCAGCCGCUACAGAAGACCAGGCAUCGGCAUCUAUUCCUCUUGACGAAAGUCCCUUGACCUUCAAUCCAUCCAAGUACAUCCCCCAGCUCCAGGAAUCGUGGGCCACUGAUGGAGGUGAUGCGUCCUACGCCCUCCUUAUACGAUGCUUUGUCUUGGUUAGCAGCACCACAAGCAGGAUCAAAAUUGUCGACACGCUAGUCAACUGUGUCCGACUGUUGAUUGAAGGAGAUCCGUCCAGCUUGUUGCCCGCAGUAUGGCUGGCAACGAACGCAAUUUCCCCACCGUACGUGUCUAUGGAACUUGGUUUGGGUGGUUCUGCUAUCUCAAAGGCUCUCAAACAAGUGUGUGGCCUGGACAACAGGUCGCUCAAAGCACUUAACGACAAGCUGGGUGACCCGGGCGAUGUUGCAUUCGAGGCAAAGAAGAAACAGAGCUUUACUCUACGAAAGCCAAAACCGUUAACAAUCAAGGGGGUCUUCCAGUCACUGGUCAAAAUCUCCAAGACUCAAGGGCAGGGCAGCGGUGAUGCAAAGCAGCGGAUUGUUGAUAAACUGCUCCAGGAUGCUCGCGGAGGUGAAGAAAGUAGAUAUGUCGUCAGGACAUUAUGUCAACAUUUGCGCAUCGGAGCUGUCAAAACCACUAUGCUCAUCGCCCUAGCCCGAGCUUUUUUGCUUUCCAAACCUCCAGGCGCGAACAUCCCGACAAAAGACCCAAAUCAACUGGCGAAGCUGAAGAAAGAGGAGCUAGCCGAGGUAUAUGCGAAGGCCGAGGAAAUUGUCAAGGCCUCGUAUGCCCGACAUCCAGAUUACAACGACCUUGUCCCGGUACUGCUAGAGACUGGCGUGUCUGAGGAGUUAUUGGUGCGAUGUGGUCUAACACUUCACAUUCCGUUGCGGCCCAUGCUUGGGGGCAUCACCAGGGACUUGUCAGAAAUGCUCUCUCGACUUCAAGGGCGUGAUUUCGCUUGCGAGUACAAGUACGACGGCCAACGUGCCCAAAUUCAUUGUGACGAUAGGGGAGUUGUCUCCAUCUUUUCCCGCCAUCUAGAACUCAUGACAGACAAAUACCCCGAUCUCGUCGCGCUCGUUCCCAAAAUUAGGGGUGAAGAUGUCCAGAGCUUCAUCAUGGAGGGCGAAGUGGUCGCCGUGGACCGGGCCACGGGCGAGCUGAAGAAUUUCCAGACGUUAACGAACCGUGCCAGAAAAGACGUUGCAAUAGGGGCCAUCACUAUCGACGUGUGUCUGUUCGCAUUCGACCUCAUGUAUCUCAACGGACAACCACUUCUCAACAGAUCAUUCCGAGAACGACGAGACAUGUUGCGAUCACUCUUUAUGGAGAUACCGCACCAUUUUACAUGGGUCAAAAGCAUCGAUGCGACAUCCCAAGAGUCGGAAAUAGUCCUCGAGUUCUUCAAGUCGGCCGUUGAUAGCAAGUGUGAAGGUAUCAUGGUCAAGAUUCUCGACAAUCUACCAGAGCUUGAGGCCCCUGGGCCUGACGACAGCACCGACCCAAUAAUACCCACCGAGCUGGUCGCUACCUCCUCUGAUGCCGUCGCGGUCUCGGUCUCGGCCAAAAAGUCCCUAAAGGGAAUGGGCAAAGGCAAUCACGCAGAAACGAAAGCACCUUCCGAUACGCCCAACCCCAACUCCAACGAAAAGAAGCAAUCGCGCCGCAAACCGCUCCUAGCAACCUACGAGCCCGACAAGCGUCUCGACUCCUGGCUCAAAGUCAAAAAAGACUACAUCGGCACCUCCGCCGGCGUCGACACGCUGGACCUAAUACCCAUCGCCGCCUGGCACGGCACCGGCCGCAAAGCCAAGUGGUGGUCACCAAUCCUGCUAGCCGUGCGCAACGAAGAAACCGGCUCGCUCGAAGCAGUGUGCAAGUGCAUGUCGGGCUUCACCGAUUCCUUCUACAAAGCCAACCGCGAGGUUUACGACAAGGACGGCUCCUUCAGUUCCGAUGGGGAGCCCAAGAAUGUACAUGUGGCGAAGCCGGGAUUUGUCGAGUACGCGGGAGGCAACCCGGAUGUGUGGUUUGAGCCGCAGGAGGUGUGGGAAGUGGCGUUUGCGGAUAUCACGAUUAGUCCGACGUACACGGCGGCGAUUGGGUUGGUGCGGGAGGAUAAGGGGCUGAGUUUGAGGUUUCCGAGGUUCUUGCGGAAGAGGGAGGAUAAGGGAAUUGAGGAGGCAAGUACGAGCGAUUUUUUGGCGGGGUUGUGGAGGAAGCAGGAGGUGAAGGCACCCGCACCGCCGCCGGUCGAGGGUGGAAGGGAAAUUGAUGAAGCGGGUUUGGAGAAUGAGGAUGAGGAUGACGAUGAGUAUGAGGAUGGAGAAUAGGACGCUGGUGAUGAUUCAUCGCCAUUUUUACCACGUUCUUCUUUAGCAAUGCCUCGGUUGACGCUGAUUUGCAAAUCACCAUAGUUGCACAAAGAAGCGGACUGUAAGAGCAUCAUUGCGUGUACGACUAUUUUCAUUCGCGCCUCCUUGUUGGUAUCUAAUCUCGCCUGUUUUUUCACACUUCCCUCCACGCCACAUCUCCCUACUCCUUCCACGCCCUGUACAGGAUCUUGCAUCCAUACUUCUCUCCCUUCUUCAACAACAUCUGCCCCUUCCACUCGGGCACAUU